CUGUCCAUAAACACUCAUGAUGGAGACGGUAUAAGUCAUAAGUUUAUUGCCCGCUUCUUUAAGCAACCAACCUUCUGUUCGCACUGUAAAGAUUUUUCAUGGGGCUUAAACAAACAAGGAUUUCAAUGUCAAGUUUGUGUGCUUGUUGUUCACAAACGUUGUCAUGAGUUUGUAAACUUCGCUUGUCCUGGAGCUGAUAAAGGAGCUGAUAGUGAUGACCCACGUCAAGUUCACAAAUGGAAAGAGUCUUCAUUUGCUUCUCCUACUUUCUGCGAUCAUUGUGGAACUAUGUUGUAUGGCCUUAUUCAUCAGGGCGUCAAAUGUACUUCGUGCGAUAGCAAUGUGCAUCACAGAUGUAUCAAAUAUGUUCCUAAUAUGUGUGGCGUGGAUAAUACUGAAAAACGUGGGCGAAUUUACCUCAAAGCCAAGAUUGAAAAUGAUACUCUAACCAUUGAUGUGCGGGAAGCCAAAAACUUAAUUCCGAUGGACCCUAAUGGUCUUUCAGAUCCAUAUGUUAAACUUAAGCUAAUACCUGAAGAGUCGGGAUGUAAAUCAAAAAAGAAAACCAAGACAUUGAAGGCUACUCUCAAUCCAUUUUGGGGAGAGAAAUUCUCAUAUAAAUUGCAAUCAAGUGAUUGCGAUAGACGAUUAUCAGUUGAAGUUUGGGAUUGGGACAGAACGUCUCGUAAUGACUUCAUGGGUUCUCUCUCCUUUGGUAUUUCCGAGUUACAGAAAGAACCUGUCGAUGGUUGGUUCAAACUCUUGAAUGCGGAAGAAGGUGAAUACUACAACAUCCGAAUUCCACCUGAGUACGAUGGUGAAGUGGCUAAACUGAAACAACAGAUGGAAGAUAUUCAUUUGACUGAUAAAGAAACUUCUUUAUCCACGAGUUCUUAUUCGAAAACUAGCUCAAGUUCGUCAUCCAUUGCUCAGCCACAUCUUGGAGCAAUCAAAUUGGCCGAUUUUGAGUUCCGUGCCGUUCUUGGAAAAGGAUCUUUCGGAAAAGUUCUGCUCGGCGAACAUAAGACCACCGGAACUUUGUUCGCUGUGAAAGUUCUUAAAAAAGAUGUUGUCAUUCAAGAUGACGACAUUGAGUGUACACUUGUAGAAAGACGUGUUUUAGCACUUCCUGAUAAAUCACCAUUUUUGGUGUCUAUUCACAGUGCUUUUCAAUCCAUGGAUCGUCUCUAUUUCGUUAUGGAGUUUGUAAAUGGUGGUGAUCUCAUGUAUCAAAUACAACAAGCAGGAAAAUUCAAAGAGCCUGUGGCUUGCUUCUAUGCUGCUGAAAUUGCUUGUGGCUUAUUCUAUCUGCAUUCCAAAGGAAUAAUAUAUCGUGAUCUUAAGCUGGACAAUGUCAUGCUUGAAGCCAAUGGACACAUUAAAAUCACAGAUUUCGGAAUGUGUAAGGAAGGUAUCUAUAAGGAUGCAACAACCAAAACAUUCUGUGGAACUCCAGAUUAUAUAGCUCCAGAAAUUAUUUUAUAUCAACCUUAUGGAAAGUCUGUUGAUUGGUGGGCUUUUGGUGUGUUAGUGUUCGAAAUGUUGGCUGGACAACCACCAUUUGAUGGUGAAGAUGAAGAUGAGCUCUUCACAGCUAUCACGGAACAUAAUGUAUCUUAUCCGAAAGGAAUGUCCAAAGAAGCUGUUUCUCUUUGUAAAGGACUGCUGGUUAAGAAUCCAACAAAACGAUUAGGUUGUUCAACGGAUGUGGAUUUAGCCAUCAGUGAAAUUAAGGAACAUCCAUUUUUCCGUCGAAUAGAUUGGGUAAAACUAGAAAAGCGGGAAGUUCAACCACCGUUCAAACCAAAAUUGAAAGGAAAAGAGGACCUGUCCAACUUUGAUAAGGAGUUUACUAGUGAAUCUGUUCGCUUAACUCCAAUUGAUAGACUGUAUUUGAUGAAUAUUGAGCAGUCACUAUUCGAACAGUUUGACUACAUUAACCCUGCUUAUCCAAUUGAUAGUUAA